AAAGAGCUGAAGUGUUGGGUAGAACCUUUCGAUAAGGAGGUGAUCGCGGAACUCGAGGAAAACACAGUCGUGGCACGUCCGUCGUCCAGUCUACUGGUUGAGUGAAACGAUUAGCGAACUCGGGUAGAACUGUCCACGAGCUCGGAAAAGGAUAGAAAGGGUUCAUACUGACGAAAGGGAAGUGCGCAGCGCCGUGUGUAGGGCGGCAAGAGUAGCUAUCAAGGUAGGAAUCCGGCUCAGCAAGGAAGCAUUAUUGCAGGAGCACUGACGUAACGCGGAUGCAAAUCAGAGCACCCGAGAGGUGCCCUGAAAAGCUGAAUAUAGGGACUUUUUCCGAAGUACGAGCAAACGGUUUGACCUCUUACACCAUAUAAGAAGGUUACAAUUAAUAUAGAACAAGCCCGAACAUUCAAUCAGAAACUAAUAUUGGUAACGAAAAGCAUUAAAGCCAAUAAAGUGCCAGGACUAGACAGCAUUUUCAACUUGGUUUUGAAAACAGCAAUCCAACAAAACUCGGAUAGGUUUCGAACCACAUUGCAGAAGUGUAUAGAUGAAGGAAACUUUCGCGAUCAAUGGAGGAAGUAGCCCGGAGGAAGAAAACACGGAGAAGUCAACUUGUUGACACAGUGAAUGUCGUGUCCUGAACCACUGUGUGUGCUAAGUAUUCUUAUUAGAAAGUCUUAUUAGAUUAAUAUUUAUGUUUUGUAGAACAGUUGAAUUACGUUGUAUGUAUGUGUGUCGCUAUUUCUAUGUUGAUGUAAUAUUGAGGAUUUUUUCUACCUUAAUGUAUUGAUAUUUUUUCUACCGCUAGUACCCUGAUGUUUACAAACAAAAGCUAGUGAGCCGCUUGAGUAUUAUUGUACACCGGCAAUAUUAUUCAAAUUAUGACUUCCGGAGCCUUCAAAACUACAACGGAAGAUAUGAAAAAUCUUCAAAAAACUUGUCGGCUUUGUCUGAGCGAAGAAUCUCUGUGUGACGUGUUCGAAUCACAGGAUCUGCACCAAUGGAUAUUAAAUUAUCUAUCAAUAUCGAUAACCGCUGAAGACCGGAUGAGCCAAGCCGUUUGCGCGAUCUGCCGAAUACGGCUGAACGAAUUUCAUCAGUUCUGGGAGCGCUGCCAGGAAGUACAGGACGUACUGCAUUCCAUGAUCCGAAAUGAAACCAAAAACGUUGAUAGUGAAAUAGCUGAGCAUGUGGAGAGUGAGCUAUCGAUUGGUUCAAGUGAUAUGGUUGAUAUAGAGGAAAUGAAAAUUGAAACCGAACCAUUGCCAGUAGAAUCGUCUACAGUAUUGUAUGAAGUUGAUCAGAACCAAUUUAUCGAAGGAAAAGAUGCCGUUUCGCAGAAAAAACUAUUUAACUGCAAUGUGUGCAAUAAGGCGUUCAAUGCCAAGCAUACUUUGAGGCAUCACCAAAGGAUGACACAUGGACCGAAAACGCACGAGUGUCAUUAUUGCAAUGUUAGAUUCGCUUUCAGAAGUAAUCUAGAGCAGCAUUUAAGAUCUAAACUGCAUAUGCAGAAGGUAAAAGACCAUUCAACCAAGAUGACCGAAAAAACUGGAGAUGGCACAGUUAUAGAGUGCAACAUAUGCUUCAAAAAGUUCGCCGAUACAACGCGAUUACACUUCCACAAAAGGGGCCAUCGAGAGCGCCAUAAUACAAUAAAGAGCUACAAGUGUACUAUCUGCCAAACACAAUUCAAAAAUAUGAAUGAUUUUCAAAGGCAUAGUAUCAAGCAUAGUGUGGUUAAACCACACGAAUGUGAUAUAUGCCGAAAAGUAUUCAAACGGCGAGCUGCAGUAUGGGUGCACAAAAGACGAGUUCACGGAUCAAAAACUUUUGACUGUACUACUUGUGGAUAUAAGUUCAGCAAUCGGUUUGAUCACAGCCGCCAUGUGCAGAGCGGUUACUGCGAGGGCGGGUUUGAACCUUUGUUACAACAGGUGCAACAGCAAAACAAGUCUGAUAUUGCAAACGGAGAUACAGCUGCAUCGGAAACGAAAAAUGAAGAUCCACAAAAUGAAGAACACAAAUCCAGCACAAUGUCUAUCAAGUGUGCCAAAUGCGAUAAGGUCUAUUCGAACCAGAAAGGCCUAUGGGUGCACUACAAGUUUGCCCAUACGGAAAGAAUUAAGUGCCCGUUGUGCGUCGCAUCGUUUGUAUUUGAGAAACGAUAUCUUGCGCAUAAGGAAAAAUAUCAUAGCUAGAAAGCUGCCAGCACUUGAAAUAAGAACCGGAGAACAAGUUUUGUUUGUUAUACGCAGAAUCACGGAGUGAUUUGCGGUAAAAGUACGUUUUGAUCAGAACACGACACCAAUAAAUCAUUAUUUUAUAAAUGAAUCGUCUUUUUGUUCAUCAUCAACAAAAGCCUUACACUGCUGUAACAAGUGUCAAUUUAAUGUCCAGUAUUGAUGCGAUUUGUCGUGUGUAGUAUUCGUUAAGUACAGUCUGUUGAAUAAAAGAAAACGUUUGUAGUUCGGUUAAGUGUAAUUUCUCUAAAAUCCCACGAACGCAGCAAUGGAUCAUUGAAGCCGACUUUUCCGCUACUCACCGCAUCAAAACAAAAGCGCCACCGUAUAUGGACGGUAACACAGAGACAGCAGUCGAGUUACGUCAAACACACAAGGCUACGGUGUCGCUAUCUGUUCAUUUUAUAGCGGUCGUUUUAGUUAUUUUAGUGAUCAAUUGCUAUACUGCUCUGUAUAAGGAUGACGGUAAAGUUCUACUAGCCACCACCAGGCUGUACAGAACUGCACGAAUAGGCGGCCAUGGGGGUGGCGAAAUGGGCGGCCAUGAUGAGGACGAACUUGGGCACUGACGACGGGUCAAUGACCAAAGGUUCGGGGUCAACGAUCUUCAAACGCCAAAGGACCUCGCAGUUUUUAUUAUACACACUUGAAAAAAAUCACCGACUUCGGUAAUUUUUUUACCGAAAUCUCAACCGUUAAGUUUUUUACCGGAAAAAUCGGUGACGUUUACCGAACUUCGUUAAAUUUUGACAGAUAAACGAUAACAUUUUACCGAAAUUUGGUAAUUUUUACAGGAUUUCGGUAAAAAACUAUUACCGAUCGCUCAGCUGUUGAGAUUUCGGUAAAAAUUACCGAACGCGACUAGCUGUGUACACCACCAUAUAACGCAAGCUAUUCCAUAGGGUAUUUAUAAACAAAAGGAUAUUGCCAAACUAAUAAAACAGGAUGGGUUGAGUUGGGCUAGUCACGAUACAGGAAUUCCGGAAGAACGACAGGGUAAAAUGACAUCCAGUACAGAACCAGGGAGUGGCCAGAAUGGCCUGACACCGUGGCCAGUGACUCCGUGACAGGCUGCGUACAAGACAAUUGUUCGCAAAUGAAGAGGACCCAAGAGCACUCAAUGUCUAGGAGGAUUGGGAGCGGCUAGCACAAGAGCGAAUUCAGUGGAGAAGGAUGCUUCAUUCAGCGUAGUUUCAACGAAACGAAUUCCUGCACACCAAGUAUCCAAGUAAGACAAUAUUCAAUAUUAUAUAAAAUUAUUAUAAAUCGUGUAUGAUCAACUUCAAUUACAGUAGACGUUCGGUCGGUUCAAACGGUUUAACUGCAAUGCUUUUUAACUGCAAGUCCGGUAAGUGCAACAAAUUUGCAGUUAUCGCACCGCUAUCCGUCAAAACGGUGCGCCAAGUUAGCCCAAAUGAACGGGCGAAUGAAUUUUGCGUUCAUUUGACGUCAAUUGAUGGCUUGUUGACACUGUCAGGUGUUGCAGUUAUCGGAUUUUCGUUCGCUAAGUGAAACGUAAACAUGUUGCAGUUAUCGAACGUCUACUGUAU